AUGGUGGAACUGAUGAAUCCGAGUAUAUUCCUCAGCCCCUUUGAUGUGAGAGAUUUCAAGAGAAUCAAUUUCGAUGUGCUCAGACUGAGUCAAGAAGGAGAUGAAAGAAGGCACAAGAUAGAAUAUCAUAAUUCCGGCGGAGAUGAGUCUUCCGACAAACGGAGUAGGAAGAACAGCACGCUUGAAAAGUCUGAGCGUCGAAGUAGAGGUUGUCCUCAAGGCCCGGAGCACCUCAACAACGACUAG